AUGUGCGAUAUCAUAGGUUGUUUCAUCGAGCUGGGGAAGUGCUUCUCCAUUUGCUUCUCUGACAUCGGCGCGCGUUGUAGAGGGGAGGAGAUCCGACGCGAUCAUGGGCCCGAACAUAGCGGCGGUACCUCUACCAUCUCGAGCCAGCCUACUUCGACAUCGAUGUCCGUAGGGCAGGUCCCGCCAAAACGUUACGAGUGGAACGAACUAACUGUUCCUCCAAAACCGACAAUCCCACCACACUAA